CAGGGCACUGGGCCUGUGGGCCUGGUUGCUAGGCGGAAGCUGGGCGCGGCUGCGGCCGCCGCGGCUGCCCAGGCGUUUGAAAAGCGGCUGCGCAGGCGGCAAAAGCCGACCUCGUCCCCGGACCGCCCAUCGCAACCAUGGUCUCCAAAUCCGACCAACUGCUCAUCGUCGUGUCCAUCCUAGAAGGUCGCCAUUUCCCCAAACGUCCAAAGCACAUGCUUGUAGUGGAAGCAAAGUUUGAUGGAGAACAGUUGGCUACUGAUCCUGUGGACCACACUGACCAGCCAGAAUUUGCUACUGAGUUAGCCUGGGAAAUUGACAGGAAAGCACUUCAUCAGCACAGGCUACAGCGUACUCCUAUCAAACUCCAGUGUUUUGCCUUGGAUUCUGUAACAUCAGCCAAGGAAACCAUAGGUUACAUCAUUCUGGAUUUAAGAACUGCUCAAGAAACAAAGCAGGCACCAAAAUGGUACCAGUUGCUGAGUAAUAAAUACACCAAAUUCAAGUCUGAGAUACAGAUAAGCACUGCUUUGGAAACAGAUACAAAGGCACCAGUGGAUAGCUUUAAAGCAAAGGGAGCUCCCCCUCGAGAUGGAAAAGUACCUGCCAUCCUGGCUGGACUUGACCCCAGGGACAUUGUGGCAGUGCUGAAUGAAGAGGGAGGCUACCAUCAGAUUGGACCAGCAGAAUAUUGCACUGACUCCUUCAUUAUGUCAGUGACCAUAGCAUUUGCCACCCAGUUGGAACAGUUAAUUCCAUGUACCAUGAAACUUCCAGAAAGACAGCCUGAGUUUUUUUUUUACUACUCUUUACUGGGAAAUGAUGUUACAAAUGAACCCUUCGAUGAUUUGAUCAACCCUAACUUUGAGCCAGAGAGGGCAUCGGUUCGCAUCCGUAGCAGUGUAGAAGUUCUUCGUGUUUACCUGGCUCUUCAGUCUAAACUACAGAUUCAUCUCUGCUGUGGAGACCAGUCACUUGGCAGUACAGAAAUACCUUUAACUGGAUUACUAAAAAAAGGCAGUACAGAAAUCAACCAGCGCCCAGUCACAGUCGAGGGUGCUUUUACCCUUGACCCUCCAAACAGAGCCAAACAGAAGCUUGCGCCUAUUCCUGUGGAGCUAGCCCCAACUGUCGGAGUGUCUGUGGCUCUGCAGAGAGAAGGCAUAGACUCCCAGUCUUUAAUUGAAUUAAAGACCCAGAAUGAACAUGAGCCAGAACAUUCAAAGAAGAAAGUUUUAACCCCUGUAAAGGAGAAGACACUUACUGGGCCAAAAUCACCAAGAGUGUCCCCUGUUCCAUCUCACAACCAGUCACCUCCAACAAAAGAUGAUGCAACAGAAAGUGAAGUGGAAAGUUUACAGUAUGAUAAGGACACCAAACCAAAUCCAAAAGCUGGUUCUUCUAUACCUGUGUCACUGGCCCAGCCAGUAACUACAUCCCAUGCUUCAGAAGUAGCUUCAGGACAGAAGAUUGCUGUUCCAGCAACAUCACAUCAUUUUUGCUUUUCAAUAGACUUAAGGAGUAUACUUGCCUUGGAGAUUGGUUUUCCAAUCAACUGUAUAUUAAGGUACUCAUAUCCAUUCUUUGGAAGUGCAGCUCCUAUUAUGACUAAUCCUCCUGUAGAAGUUCGGAAAAACAUGGAAGUGUUUCUUCCCCAAUCUUACUGUGCAUUUGAUUUUGCAACUAUGCCUCAUCAGCUUCAAGAUACCUUCUUAAGGAUUCCAUUACUGGUUGAACUAUGGCACAAGGACAAAAUGAGUAAAGAUUUACUUCUGGGAAUUGCGAGAAUCCAGCUGUCUAACAUCUUGUCUUCAGAAAAAACUCGUUUUUUAGGUUCUAAUGGUGAACAGUGUUGGCGUCAAACUUACAGUGAAAGUGUGCCUGUUACAGCAGCACAAGGAUCAAAUAACAGGAUAGCAGAUCUUUCUUACACAGUGACUCUAGAAGAUUAUGGAUUGGUAAAAAUGCGUGAGAUUUUUGUCUCUGAUUCAUCUCAGGGUGUAUCUGCUGUACAACAAAAGCCAUCUUCUCUUCCUCCAGCACCUUGUCCUUCAGAGAUCCAGACAGAGCCUCGUGAAACCUUAGAAUACAAAGCAGCACUUGAGCUAGAAAUGUGGAAGGAGAUGCAAGAGGAUAUUUUUGAAAAUCAGCUGAAACAGAAAGAACUGGCUCAUAUGCAAGCUCUUGCAGAGGAAUGGAAGAAACGAGACCGAGAAAGAGAAUCACUAGUAAAGAAAAAGGUGGCUGAAUAUACUGUUUUAGAAGGAAAACUUCAAAAAACUCUAAUUGACUUGGAGAAACGAGAGCAGCAGCUUGCUAGUGCAGAAUCAGAGCUUCAAAGGGAAAAAAAGGAACUGCAAUCAGAACGUCAGCGGAACCUACAAGAACUGCAAGACUCUAUCCGUAGGGCCAAAGAGGACUGUAUUCACCAAGUAGAACUAGAAAGGUUAAAAAUCAAACAGCUCGAAGAGGAUAAACACCGCCUUCAGCAACAGCUUAAUGAUGCUGAAAAUAAAUAUAAGAUUUUGGAAAAAGAGUUCCAGCAGUUCAAGGACCAGCAAAGCAACAAACCAGAAAUCCAUCUACAGUCUGAAAUAAAUCUUCUCAACUUGGAAAAGGUUGAACUUGAAAGAAAGUUGGAAUCUGCAACUAAGUCUAAACUACAUUACAAGCAGCAGUGGGGACGAGCUUUGAAAGAACUUGCCAGACUUAAACAGAGGGAGCAAGAAAGCCAAAUGGCUCGUCUUAAAAAACAGCAGGAAGAAUUGGAACAGAUGAGACUACGUUACCUGGCUGCGGAGGAAAAAGAUACAGUAAAAACUGAGCAGCAAGAAUUGUUGGAUAUAAGAAAUGAAUUGAACAGGUUAAGGCAACAAGAACAAAAACAAUAUCAGGAUUCCAGAGAGAUUGCAAGUGGAAAAAAGGAUGGCCCACACGGCAGUGUAUUGGAAGAAGGCUUGGGUGAUUAUUUGACUCGUCCUAAUAGAGGAAAGGGAUACUUUGAUGAGAACGGGUGUGUAUAAUCACGACGAUCAAAUAAUAAGUGAACUCAACCGACAGAUCAGAGAGAUUUUGGCAAAAAACAAUGCGAGUAAUUAAUAACAUUUGGGAAAGCUUUAUAGAGACUCCUAAGUCUAAAUUUUAAUUUCAUUGUAAAACCCCCAAAAGUGAGGAAAAUGGAUGUUUUAAAAUUCUAUUUUCAAUUUUUAUAAGCAGAACUUUGUAUGUUAUUGUAUAGUAUUUAUUUGAUCUUAUUUACUUUAUGCUACCUCUUCCAUACUGGUUUUAUAUGUAAUUUGUAUUUUAUAUACCCGUUUUAAAUGACUUUUCAGUGUUUUUCAUAAUUUAUAAUCUGAUGGCUAACUUUCAAAACAGCUUUUUACUAAGUUUGUUGUAGGAGAAAUUACUAUAGUAAUUUCCAGUUCUACUAUGUUUCAUAUUGAGCCAAAAGAGUAUAUCUUGCACUUUAAAAAUACUGCGUCCUAUUCCAUUUGAAUGUAAAUGUCUUUAAAGUUGAGACCAGUUGUAACCAGUUUAACACAUUUUGGAUGACCUCUUUUCCUUAACUUACAGUAUUUGCAAGUGACAUGUUUCAAAAGAAAGAUCAGUACAGACAAGCCAUUUGACAUAUUGGGUGACAAAUUGGUCAUUUAUUUAAAUAAAGUUAAUGCAGAUUAAA